UUGAAUAAUGUAAUUAGUUAAUUGUCUUUCUAUCAUUUCCUAAAAUUAAUUUUUUUUUUGUUUUGUCUUUUAGUAUGGCAGUUCAUCCUUUGGGCGACAUGAUUGCCACUGCUCAGGGACCCGGAAUGGCUGAAAAAUCUCAAGCACAUAUACGUAUUUGGAGGGUUGAUAAUUUAGUCACGUUAUCUGUAGUUGGACUAAACAGGUUUGAUGCUGGAAUUAUAACUACGGCAUUUUCACCCGAGGGAAACGUUCUAUUAGCCAUUGAAGAUCACAUAUUAUCGUUGUGGGAAUGGUCUCAAGAUACUGAAAUCGGAAGGGCAUCUGUCGAUCAAACUGAUAUUCAUGGCUCUACAUUCUUAACAAUCGACAAAGAAAUAGCAAUUACUUAUGGAAAACGGCAUUUAACGUUAUGGAGAAGAGCGAAGGAUGACGUUUUAGAAAGGCAAGAUCUGAUUACUCUGGUGUCGGGAUUUUCGUCAAAAAUUAUUAUGUCACUCGAAGUUUUGCCUAAUGGUACAUUCUUAACUGGAGAUUCUGAUGGGUAUUUGGCAUUGUGGAUGCAAGACGAAAGCACAGAAACUUAUUUUAUUAGUAAAGAGAUUAGAGCUCAUGCCAAUAAUGUAAAUACAAUUUUACUUCUACCUGGCGAACUGUUAGUAACUGGAAGUAGCGCACGAAAAGAAGGAGAGAUAAGUAUCUGGAAUCUUAAUGAUAAAUUAUCAAAAUAUAUGACUGCUAGACUUCCUCCAGAAACUGGUGAAGUAAAGUCAUUAUGUCCAUCAGCUCUAGAAACUUAUCAAGGGACAUUUUAUUUGGGAACAUCUCAAAAUAUUAUCCUGGAGGGUUCUUUACAGGGAACAUUUACAACUAUUAUUCACGGUCAUCAAGAAGAAAUACGUGCCUUAGCUGUAGAUCCUUACGACACGGAAUACGUAACAGCAGGCAUAGACAAUAUCAUUUGCAAAUGGGAUAAAGAUAGUUUAUUAUGGAAGGUGCUAAAUGUCUCAAACUGCUUUUCCCUUGCCAUACAUCCAGAGAGUACUGUUGUCGCAGUCGGAGAAGCCACGGGGAACGUAGUCGUUUUAAAUUUAGAAAAUGGUGAUCAAAUAACUAGGUUUUCUGUCUCCAAAAGUUCUUUAAAUACGAUGGCAUUUUCUCCAG